CACUAAAUUUCUCGUGUCGGCAACUUAUUGUCUGUUAGUAUUAGAGGGGAGAAUUUACUUAGUAUCUUGUGGACUUCGGUACUAAGUUUCAGUAUUUCUCUAAAAAUUUAUUUAUAAAAAGUUUAAAAAAAACAGAUCCUAGAUUUCCUGGGCUCUUGCCUUUUUUUUGAAUCGUCUCAUUCCCUUUAUUACGAAAAACUUCAACAAGAUGUCUACUUUUAAAAAGAAAGGACCAAAAGGAGUUUCUUCUGUUCGUCUUGUUCCCCGGGGAACUUCGAAAUCUAGCAAUAUGAACCAUACAAACUUUCUUCUCCAAUGUUCUGUCUGCAGAAAAAAAAAACCUAGAUCAUCUUUCAAUAGUAAUCAAUGGGAGAAGGCUUUUCGCUAUGAACGAGGCAAUCGCAUAUUUCUUCCUGAUGCCCUGGCCCUGUGCACUGGUUGUAGUGCCAAGAAUAGCGAAAUUCUCCAGUGCACUCGUUGUGAGAAAUACAAACAGCUGGACGAGUUUUCCAAAAGUCAAAGGAGAACAUUUGAACCUCGUUGUAAGGUCUGUGUAGAAGAGUCGACCGAAGACAACAAUGUUGAUUUUGACAAUGAGUUUGUCGUGGGCACGGACUUCUUGAACGGGGGAGAUUCAGACGACGAUGAUGAAGAGAGUUAUUUCCGUGAUCAACAGCGCUCUGCGAAGAAACCAGUUGCCAAAAAGACAACUGUACCCACUGUUAAACCAGCAUUGCAGAAACAGAAACAGCAACAGCAGCAACAACAGCAGCAGGUGCCACGAGCUGAUGCUGCAAGAAACACUAUAAAGAGUUCUGCAACUACACGUGUCCAAACACCCAUUGAGGAAGAAGAGGAUGACGAUGUUAUUGAAGAUACGCAGGGCGUUGAAGAUGAUUUUGAUGAAGAUUUUGACGAGGAUGAAGAUGAUUUUGGUGAUGACCUCGCAGAUACAUUCCAAAGAUAUAGUGCGAACAAGAACACUUAGCACUUGGGCAAUAAAUUACAGGAUGGAAAAAGAAAAGAAAGUUGACUCAAGACUAUUUGCACUUUGAGCCUGUACACAUCUUUGGUUGUGAGCUGCCAAGCGACGCGGUCGUAAAUGAAAGAAAGCAAUUCUUCACCUCGUGCUGAAUGCUUCUGUAUACUUUACUUGAGUCCAAAACCGUGCGACUCGUAUAAAGCACGUUCAAGCUUAGUACGUAAUUUCUCACGGGAAGAAUAAUCCCAGAGACAGAGCUGAUUGAAGCAUGUGUGCGCGACAGGAUAUCUGUCGCAAUCUGCUCCAACAAUAGAAAUACGGAAUUGCAAGCUAGCAAUGCCUGUUGCGGGAAGCCGAUCGCUUCCGGUUACAAAUGCAAGCAGACGUCUGCAUGUAUCUGGCGUGUACUCUGAGACAAUAGACCAAAACCACUGAAUGACUCUUUGCUGAUCCAUGAUAACACUAGACUCCGGUUUUCCUCGAGCGCGGCCAGAAUACGUGGAAGAGCUGUGAAUACUUGCAUCAUCAGGACCAGGAUUUGAAUAGACAUCAUAUACACAGACACUUUGUAACUGGUACAAGUCAAUUUCUUCUUCACUCCCUCGAACAAGUUGUUCAAUCUCUUCUGGACGGAAAAGAGAAAGCGCAUUCCCUCCGCAGACGUGAAGAAAACCAUUCUUGAACGCUUUAAACUGGGUCGCAACGGACUUGUUGAGCAAAAAGUCUACAUACAAACGUAUG